CUUUAGACACCCGAGACACCCCCCCUCUGCCUGCCGGUCUGCGGCUUCCAUAGUCACAGGCUUUGAGGGCAUCCACCCAGCCCAAGUGUCGUAAGGACACGCACACAGCCGUAUCAUGAGAAGUCCCCACAAGCUGCUCGAACGUGAGUUGCAUCGCAGUCGCCUGACGAAGAUCUGAUAGGGUGAACAUGGCGGAUAGUGGGGAUAAAUCACAGGGCAUGCGCCCGCCACCCUUUGACAGCCGUGGUCACCCCCUACCCCGACGUGCUUCCCCAGACAAGUCAAUAACACUUCAUAAUCACCGCCUUGCGCGAGAUGCUAGCAGCAGAGUUACUUCAUCUUCCGCACUGGGAGUGACCGAACCCCAACCCCAACCCCAACCCACGAGCUCGCCCACUCGAAGGUCGUCUGGAGAGAGCAACGAUACUGGCCAGAGUGACCCCAAGAAUUGGUUUGAUCAAUCCAAUCGUAACCCUGUCGCGGCCUUCAAUGACGAGAGCCCCAGUAUGGAAGUCGAUCCUCCUUUUUAUCAGAAGGAGACCGACUCCUCUAACGAGGAAUCCAGGUAUCCGCCUGGACGAAACCCCCCAUAUCCGCCCGGUGGUACCCAGAUGCAAGGGUUCCGCCCGGCUGCUGCGCACAGCACUGCCGCCGAUGACUUCCGCAGUGUCAUCGACGACUUGACUGUCGAAAACAAGCGGCUAAAGGAGGAACUAAAGAGGUAUAAGCAGUUUGGUUCCGACAUGAUGAGAAAGGAGAAAUUGUUUGAGAUCAAGGUACAUGGGUUACCUAAACGAAAGAAACGCGAAUUGGAGGCAACGCUCCGCGACUUUGCUGCUAGUCUCGGGGACUCGAGCGAAUCGACAUCGCGGAGGAAGACUGGAAGACACGGAAAGGUAUCGUUGUCCAAACACGACUCGUCAUCUUCGUCGCGCAGUCGUCCUGUCGAUUCCGCGUACGCCACCAUGUCGACGGGCCGUAGCUCCCAUGCGCCUCACUCCUCUGGUCCGUCGCUCGGACGACCUUCGCUGUCCAGGGCAAAAUCAACGUCGUCCCAAAAGGUAGAAAGCUACCUACGCGACACGCCCGAUGGCCUGCUUCCCCAUCAUAUUGUGAUGACCGACAAGGAGAAGAAGAAGCUGGUUGUCCGACGCUUGGAGCAACUGUUCACCGGAAAGAUUAGUGGACGAAACAUGCAGCGCAACCAGUCCAUGCCGAGUAUGGAUGCAGCACUCGUGUCGGAAGGAACGACCAUGGCACCUCCCCGCCCCCCUCCGGAAGGAUUGCGCGAAGCUUGCAUCCAACUACAGGAUGGAGAAAAUCCGCAGAAGGUCCGUUUCUCCAAAGACAAUGCAUCUGCAUCCAACUCAGGUGGCGAUCAAACCGAACUCGGCGGAACUGGGACUGGAAGCGGAGAUGGAAGUGGAAGCGACGGUCGAACUGGCAACAACACCUCGCCUCCGGGAGCCAUUGCGCCGGACCAACGACCAACCAGGCCCCGCGAUCUGGACCCGGACCGAGUCCAGAUACCAUCCGAGAAUAUGGACUACAUCCGUCAUUUGGGCCUGGUAUCUCCCGAAUUCUUGCAGGGAAGCCGGACCAGCUAUCAAGAUGUCGCUCCGGAUGCGGAAGGCUGGGUGUACCUCAAUCUGCUUUGCAACCUCGCCCAGCUGCACAUAGUUAGCGUAACGCCGAGUUUUAUUCGCCAAGCUGUCUCGGAAAAGAGCACAAAGUUCCAGUUGUCCUCUGAUGGUCGGAAAAUCCGCUGGCGUGGUGGAACCGAUGGAACCAAGUUCAGCAGCGACAGCAGUGAGGACAAGUCCCAGAAAAGCCCCCUGACGGAAGAUACCGAAGACGGUUCGGAUGAGACUGGUCGGAGGAAGAAGCAGAAGACGCAGCAGGCGCGUUCGGAGAUUGGGAGGUUCGGUCCCUCAAGGUCACCUUCGGACACCUUUCAUUACAAACCGAUGUUUGUACACCGCCAUUCAUCCUCGGUCGAGACCUCUUUGGAGGAGUCGGCGUCACAAGGCUCGGAGGAUGGCGUCGAUGAGAGCAACCUGGGUAACUCGAAGUGGGACUUUAGCGGAUCGGGGACAACGCAACAGCGGAGGAAGCGUCGAUAUGACGGCGCCAUCGUUUACUACACCGGCGUUCCAUUCUGCACCGAUCUUUCAGGAGACCCUGGCGAUAUGUCGCCAACAGCGCAAAUGACGGCUACCGGCCGCGAGCUCGAAGGAUCCGGAUCUGGUGACGAAACUGAACAUGUGCUGCAGCGGACGUUGUCUGGAUCGUCUCUUCCCGUCAGGCCGCUCAGUGAUGACCGUGCCCGCGUGGCCGAGGCAUUGGAUUUUGACCCCGAAAACGCGCCUGAUCUCGUGGCUGACGACGGGUUCUCGCCAAACGACGAGGAUUUCGUCUUCCCUUGGUGCGAGGAUCCUGACAAUAUUCAAAUUCAGCCUCUUGCCAAAGAAGUCAUGGAGCCCUCUGGCCUUGGUGGAGUACUUCCUGAUGACCAUUUUGCCAUGUUCGUCACCACUCGCCGCGUCGUCAGACCUAUCCUGCAGCGGCACUUGUCACGCUCGACGACAUCGGAAGACACGGCCGAUAUCAUCGCCGAACGCUUGGCAUCGAUUAGAACGUCGUCGCCUUUGCCUCCUCGCAGUCGCAGUCUGACUGUUGCACCGAUGCAGAUCGAAUACGUCUCUGGGGAAUUCCGACGGCUGAACCCAGCCCCACUACCUCCGCCGGCGAUAUUCUAUCCCCCGUUCAGCACCGAUUCCAGCUGGGACGACGGCGACGAUCUCGCUUCGGACGACGAAGAAGUGGAGGAAGUAGAGGAAGAUUCUUUCUCGGAAGGGCAGAUUUCGCGCCGAGCAAAUCCUCAUUUUUCGGACAACAAUACGUAUAUGCGGAAGGACGAUUUGGUGUUCGAUACCGAGACUGAUGUGCGGAUGGACAGCGACGAUAAUCGGAUGUCGGACAGCGGCCUCAAUAUGCGGUCGGUGACGCCGCGGACGGCAGUGGACGGGGACGACAGCCCACUGGCAGCCGCCAUCGGAAAAGAUGUGGACAUGCUGCACACUGGCAGCUCGGUUGCAACCGCUGGUGGGGCAGAGAGCGGCUAUAGUAGUUCGAUGGAGGACGAGGGUGAGACCUGAGUGUAUUUUUCCCUAUGUGAGAAGACGCAGAGAACACACGAACGGAAAGGGAACGCAUUGCGGCUGGUAUCAGGAAAACAGGUACCGGUAUUCUCGAAUUUGUGGCUUUGGCGAGCGAGCGGGUUUUCUCCAGCGCGCGGUUCUUUGCUUUUGCCAUUUUUGGGGAGUUGCAUUGUCGAUUUUCGGGGACUCGAUACGUAUGGAUAUCCGACGGGGACCUGGAUCCCAUGAAUGGGGCCAUGCCGGGUGGGUGGAGGGAGGGGUGGGUUGGGUUGGAGACUUUUUGAGAGUUUGGGUUAGUGUUGUUUGGAUUUGGAUCGCUGUGGUUUUCUUGCUUCCUCGUUGACGACUUUUUGUGAAAAAAACAUACCUCUUUCUAAAUAUGUAUCAACGGAUCGCAGCAGUAGCAGAAGGCCGGUGACAUCAGUCGCAACAGGUACACACGUGAAACCACGAUCGGACUUGGUGGC